AUGUCUAUACUUGGAACAAGGCUGCCAUAUAUAAGUUCACUUGGAACUCAUGCAAGAAAAAGGAUAAAAUGUGGGCGGGUUCAUACUUAUUAUGGGAAACACUGUAAUGUAUGGAGGGCUCAGCCUAAACAAGCAUCAUGGAUGGUUCAAGGGAUAUUGAAGGCUCAGAAGUAUUUUUUAGAAGCUGGUUUUCAAGAGAGAGACGUGCUAAACAUGGAAUCCUAUUCAAUCAAGACUGUAUCCCAGAAGAUGAGGGGUGAGUUACCUAAGAUGGAUUGGAGGAGGCUGGUAAGGGCUAACAAUAGAGCUCCAAAGUGGAAAUCUGUUCUGAAUUUGGCUUUGACUAGGAGGUUGCUUACUAAAGCUAGACUAGCUCAAUGGGGCUGUGUGGAAUCCUUAACCUGUACACUCUGCAAGCAGGGGUGUGAAGAUAUUGAACAUCUAUUUUUUGAAUGCUCUUAUGCUGCUGCUGUAUGGUCUAAAAUGCUAUCAUCGCAAGGGAUAUUAAGGCAAUGCAUGAAUUGGCAAGGGGAAGUUGUUUGGGCUCAGGUACAGAGGAAAGGCAAGAACAGUGCUGCGCAAGUUUUCAGAAUGACAUUAGCAGGAAGUGUGAACUAUAUAUGGCAAGAGUGGAACUUGAGACUGUUUCAAGGCAAAGAGAGGAAUGCUGAGGGGAUUACCAAGCAAGUCAUCCGGGAUGUUCAUAUUCGAGGAUCUUUGUUCCCUAGGCUAACUAGGAAACCUGAAGAACUUAACAUGUAUCUCUGA